UUUUAGCAAUAAUGGCUUUUGCUAGAUGUUGAAAGGAGGAAUAAAGGCUCAUUUAAAGUUAAACGCUUAUGCGCUCAUGUAUAACGCUCAUGUAAUUGGGACUAAAAGUGGAGAAAUUGAUGUAGUAUAGUAUUGAUAAUUUGCUGGCCGAAUUCAUUAAAUGGCCCCUGCGGGACAGAGCGCUUUGUGGUCCAGUGUACUUUGCUGUCGUAUAUGUUCAGAGCUUUUUAGUUCCAAAAAACUGCCAAUAAAUCUUGCUUGUGGUCAUACAAUAUGCCAUAAUUGCCUCAAGGAGCUUAGUACAAAAAGCUGUCCUUUGGAUCAGGCAUUGAUUUCCCUUCCUUCCGAAAAAUUACCUCCGAAUCUUGCUCUGCUCUCAGUCCUCUCAGAAUUUAUCAACAAUGAACCGGGAAUUUAUCAAGAACUCUCCAAAGAAUAUCGACACAUUGAGGCAACCCUCGUUGAACUAGCCUCUUAUUUACAUCCCGUCGAAUGCUUAUUUGGAGGAAGUGUUUGGAGUGAUGAAUUAAGUAGACCGAUGCAACGCAAAUUAAUAUCCUUAUUGUGUUAUCAGUUAAUGGAACAUAAGGGUCUACAAAGGGCACUUAAAACAGCACGUGCUUUAGCAGAACGUGCUCUUUCAGAAUUGAUCGUUUAUCAUCAAGAUAAUUCUAACAUAUCAACAGUUCUUUGGUCUGCUGUUCGUUCUAGAGGAUGCCAGUUCUUAGGUCCAGCAAUGCAAGAAGAAGUUCUGAGUCUCAUUUUAUUGAUACUUUCGGAUGGUGCAUUGAUGUCUCGUAAAACAUUGGUGUUAUAUAUUGUGCAAACAUUACGGCAAGAUUAUCCGCAAGCCUCGAAAACGUGUGUUGGUCAUGUUGUGCAGUUGCUUUAUCGAGCUAGUUGCUUUAAUGUAUUGAAACGUGAAGGUGAAUCAUCAUUGAUGCAGUUGAAAACGCAGUUUCGUGAUUACGGCGCACUGCGUCGCGAGCAUGAUGCACAAAUCGUACAAGUAGCAUUCGAGCAAGGUUUACGUAUAUCACCAGAUCAAUGGUCGGCUUUACUGUAUGGCGAUCAGCAUCAUAGAUCUCAUAUGCAAAGCAUUAUUGACAAACUCCAAUCGGCGCAAGAUUUCGAACAACAAAUCAAUGACUUGAAAGCAGCAACAGAACAAAGUUCUGAGCGCGAUAUGCUUAUUCCAACAUUCGAACAUUUCGAACGUUUCGCUAAUUUUGAUUACUUAAGUGGAGCGUGGACAAAUUCGUUUCCACCACUAAUUGUGUACGUCCCAAUGUAUGUCGUAAAAGCAAUCAAACUUAUAAAACAUGUUCUCGGCAAGAGUUUUUCAAAUUCGAAAAACAUGGCAGCUGAUCGUAUUUAUCCUACUAGUUUACAAUGUACAUACGCGCUUGCGAAAAAUGGAUUUCAUGCUCCUAAAAAUCAUGCGCAAUUACAUCCUCUACCUGUUCUCAUUGAGCCAAUGCCGCCAGAAUAUGAUAUAUUUCCGACAGUAGUCCCACAACUGCGGGUGGCAGAACUCCCACCACUGUUAACGAAUGCUUCAGCAGUUAGUCCAUUAUCAGCGGCUGCUGGGAGCAACGGUUUCGCUAAGAAAGAAGAGUCAUUCGUGAAUCAAAUUCGAAAUUUACUACCAGUAGCACUACCGAUCCCAUUAGAACCACUGAUGAUACCAGCAGUUAAUUACCCCGUUCCUUCGCCGCUAUUGCCAGUAACCUCAGUGAUACAAGUUGGAGUCCCUGAAUAUGUUAGUCUACCCGUUGGUAUGAGACCGAUUUCUCUAGUGCCUUCAUCAUUUGGUUAUAUUUCAGGAAGUGACAAUUUGAGUGGUGAAGUUUGCUCGACACAAAGUAAAAUACCGAUUGAGCCUCCAAAUUUGUCCCAGAUGCAAGACGGUGUACAUCGGGUAAGAUAUGAUCCCUGUGCUGAAGGAGGUUAUGCAUCGAAAAAUAAUGAAAUCGACGAAGAACAGUCAGUCUUAUCAAGGCCCCUGGAAUGUCCACAGCACACUGAGAGCACUUAUGCCGCUGAAAAUGCUGAUGUAAACAAUUUGCCAAGAAAUAGUUCUGUAAAAGUAGUCACCGUAUCAACGGUGGUCCCAACAGUCAGUCCCUAUCGGAUACGCAGUGCGAUUCCAGCUGCCAUUCAAGCACCGUGUACUGUUGUGCACAUCAGAGAUACCAUCAAACAGCCUUUACAAACACCUUGUAUUCAGCAGUCAGAGUCCUAUGAACAAAUAUGCGCAUCUGAGGGAGCUGAAGGCAAUCGAUGA